AUGGGUUCUUCUUUAUGGACAGUGUGUGUAAUUUUGGUGUCACUAGCCUCUGCUGCACUCUGUGCCACCCCUCGGAGGCCAGUGGAUGUACCAUUCGGCCGAAACUACGUUCCCACUUGGGCUUUUGACCACAUCAAAUACCUCAAUGGAGGUUCCGAAAUUCAACUUCUUCUUGACAAGUACACUGGCACUGGAUUCCAGACCAAAGGAUCAUACUUGUUUGGCCACUUCAGCAUGAACAUAAGGAUGGUUCCUGGCGAUUCAGCUGGCACAGUCACUGCUUUCUACUUAUCUUCUCAAAACUCGGAGCACGAUGAGAUAGACUUUGAGUUCUUGGGGAACAGAACAGGACAACCUUACAUUUUGCAAACAAAUGUGUUCACCGGAGGCAAGGGUGACAGAGAACAAAGAAUCUAUCUCUGGUUUGAUCCAACGAAAGGCUACCACAGAUACUCCGUUCUGUGGAACAUGUACCAAAUUGUGUUCCUUGUGGACAAUAUCCCAAUCAGGGUGUUCAAGAACAACAAGGACUUGGGAGUAAAAUUCCCCUUUGACCAACCCAUGAAGGUAUACAACAGUUUGUGGAAUGCUGAUGAUUGGGCGACAAGGGGUGGUUUGGAGAAAACAGAUUGGUCGAAAGCUCCUUUCAUUGCAGCCUACAAAGGGUUCCACGUUGAUGGGUGUGAGGCUUCUGUGAAUGCCAAGUUCUGUGACACACAGGGCAAGAGAUGGUGGGAUCAGCCACAGUACCGGGACCUUGAUGCUGAUCAAUGGAGAAGACUCAAGUGGGUGCGCCAUAAAUAUACCAUCUACAACUACUGCACUGAUAGGAAGCGCUACCCUCAACUUUCCCCUGAAUGCAGAAGAAACGGUGACAUUUGA